AUGGCAUCACAGAAUUCAGAAACUGCUUCUAAUAUAUUUAGCAUUAGUGAAAAUAAACCACAAGAAUAUAGUGAAACAAAUGAAACAAAUGAAUCAAGCCAAUUACUUACAAAAUGCAGAAAUAUUAGUGGUAAAAAGCAAGGAGAUAUUUGGCUUUACGUUAAUCAAGGUAUCAGUUUAGGUCAGGAACAUUAUAAAGCUAGUUGUAAAUAUUGCCCUGUUUCAUGGGAAAGAGGUCGACCUGAUGAUAUGCGCUUGCAUCUUGCUCAACAAUGUUUAAAUGUUCCUGAUGAAAUUAAAUAUUUUUGGAGAGAUUUCAUUGCUGAAGAAAAAACUCCAACACGAAAAAAAACAAAACAUAAUCAAUCUGAAAUUACAAUUCAUUUUUCAACAAUUAAACCACUUCCUGAAGCACAAAGAAUGGUAUUGGAUAAAAUUUAUGAAACAGCUGCAUUAAUUUGGAAUGAUUUACAUUAUUCGGAAGAGUCAUGUACACAAUUAUUGGUAGAAAUGCGAAGUUGGAAACGAAAAGAUGAACCUUACCAUCUUUCCUAUAAUUCUACUCAUGAAAAUACUAAUAAUGGUGAGACUAAUAAUUUGGAUGAUAUUAAUGAAAGUGAAUAUUUGGAAAGUUUAACGUUAAAUAUUGCAGAUUCAGUAGAUUUAAUAUUAACAGAGUUUUUAGCAUCUGGAAAUGCAAUAUUUUCUUUAGAACCUGUUACAAAUAAUCGGGCUAGAGAUGUAGGCAAUAUGAGUUAUGAUCCUAUUGAGUUAGCACGUCAAAUG